AUGAAAGCCGAGGUGUCCACAGCUGUGAACUUUAUUACCACGUUACUGAGAGGAACAGGACUUCUGUCUGAAGAACAACUCCAACACUUCAGACAUUCUCUGGAAGAGGCUUUAGGAGAGCAUUAUGAGGACCACUGGUUUCCCGACGCACCGUUUAGAGGUUCGGGAUAUCGCUGUAUCCGGAUCAAUCACAAGAUGGACCCGCUAGUAGGGAAGGCCGCUUACACCAUCGGCCUUAGCGGGAAGCAGCUUUUAUCCCUCUUACCCUGCCAGCUUACGAUGUGGGUCGACCCCUACGAAGUGUCGUAUCGUAUAGGGGAGGACGGGUCCAUUGGUGUACUGUAUGAGUCCACACCGCCGCCGGAGACUCAUCUGAACUCUGUGGACAGCUGCAAAGAGAAACUGAGACUGGGUCACUCGAGGACUGUGAUGACUGUCUCCAGCUAA